ACAGACCGCUAGUGACCAGUGCCGGGAAACAUUAACAAAGAAUUGCCAAAAUGAUAACUUUGGCCAUUUUAAAGCCCCACUGCCUAAAAAAUCCAAUCGCAUACGAAUCGAUCCAGCAAGCUUUCGUUACCAAUGGGUUGAAAGUGGUGGCGAGUAAACGAAUGCGACUGUCCAGAGAUGAAGCGGAACAGUUUUAUGAAGAACACCGGCACAAGUUCUUCUUUCGUCGUCUGGUUUCUCUCAUGAGCAGUGGCCCUUCUGAAAUUGUCCUCCUAUCCGGGGAAAAUGCAAUUCAGCGGUGGAGGGACAUAAUGGGUCCUACGAAAGUGUUGAAAGCAGUUUAUUCACAUCCGGAGUGUAUUCGCAGUCAUUUCGGCAUUUCGGACACCAGAAAUGCUGCACAUGGUUCUGAUUCGGAACAAUCGGUUGCAAAGGAGAGUGAAUUUUUCUUCAAUUGAAGGUAUUCCCUAGCAAGUUUUUAUAUUUCUAUGUUGUCUAAUGUAUAAGCUAAAAUAAACGAUAAAAUAAUCUAAAAUAAUUAUCAUACGCC